AUGACGACCAAUUUCGAAAAUGAUACAUGUUCAGAUCCAUUCAAUCCAAUUGAUAAUCAUCUCGAAACGGACUGUCUGGCAACAUCGAACGGACGAAACGGCUUGUUUCCUGCUCGAUUUUGCGUCAAAAUAUCGGGUAUUAUUGUUGAUGUUGAUCGCACUGUCAAUCGAUCAUUAAUACACAAAAGUCUCUACUUACGAACAUGUAUCAUUGAUCAUAUUAUGGACUCAACUCGUUCGUCGGACUCGACGGGCAAUUUUCGCUUGAAAAAUUUCAACCAAAUCAAAGGUGUACGUAUGCAAGGAACGAUAACUGUUUGUUCAAAUGACGGCUGUAAUCGGACAAGUUUAAUUCGCAUGAAUAGAAACCUCAUUAGCUUUCUUGUGUUUUUGUCCCAAGUUUAUUCUUUUAAAGUAAUAUAA